CUCCUCCUCCUCCUCCUCUCGUCCUCCUCCUCCUCCUCCUCUGAAGUGAGACUGUAGGUGGAUGUUUGGGUCAAAGCUGCCCACCAGCCUGGACACACACAGUGAGAAAAACAAGGACCAUCAAUGAAACUGAGAGAAGCUUGAACAGGUCACUGGUGGUGCUGAACGUGAGAGAUGGAGCUGAAGGUGUGGGUGGAUGGUGUGGUCAGAGUGGUGUGUGGCCUGACGCUGGACACUUCCUGCCAGGAUGUUGUCAUAGCUCUUGCACAAGCAAUAGGGCAGACUGGUCGGUACAUUCUUAUCUUGAAGUUACGAGGGGGUGAGAGACAGCUAGUUGCUGAUGACUGUCCUCUUCAGCGUCUGGCUCAGCUGGGACAGCUGGCUACAGAGGUCCAGUUCAUUCUGCGGCGAACCGGUCCCAGCCUCAGUGAUGCUUCAGACACACCCACCACAGAGAGACCAGAAGCAGAGCCACUCAAACGCAAAGAGUCACACAAGACCGUCACCUUUAGUCAGCGUUCCUCAAAACACUCCAAGAGGACUAAACCAAACAGGACCUCAUCUCCUCGAGCCUCCCCAGAACCGCGAGCUUCCCCGGUGUCUUUCCUAGACCCUGUCAACCCUGUGAAUGCCAUUCCCUCCAAAGAGGAGGUGUUUAGGCAGAUUCUGCAGCAACAGAUGAGACUAGAAGACCUGGAGAUUCAGCUUCAAGCCCUGGAGAGAGAAACAGGGCUGUGGGAGCAGGAGAGCUCGUCUGCUAUAGUCCCUGUUCUCUGGUCCCUGCAGGGGGAACUGGAGGAACUGGAGCAGCAACAGAGGCAGAACGAGGCUGAACUGAUGCAACAAGAGCGCUGGGAGGAAGAAUUACAGGCAGAGGUGGACAGAGAACAAGAUCUGCACAGACGUCUCAACCAGAUCCACUCAUCAAUGGAUGAUCACAGUUAUCAGAUGAAGGAGCUCCAAGCCUAUUCUGCACAUCUAGAAGAGGACCUACAGCUUAGAGCACACAGACAAAGCUCUCGACAGCCAGAGGAGCCCCUGAAGCAGGAGCUCCACCACUGCCUGCAGCAGGCAGAGGAACUGGAUGCAACAUUGUUAGAGACACAGCGGAAGCUACAAGCUGCAGAGGAAAGUCUACAGGACAGAUGGGAGAUGACUGAGGAGCUGAAGAAGGAGCUGAGGCAGUGUAAUCUGCAGCAGUUUAUCCAGCAGACCAGCAGUCCACAUGCAGACCAGACCAACGUCCUGCCCGUCACCGAUGCUUACCUCAGCAGCGCUGGUAUAAUGGAGUAGGACCGGCUAAGACGUACGUCAUCAGACUGUUUCAAAGGAUCAUUACCGGCUGUACAACAAGUUUAUCACUGCGUUAAGCACUGUGUUUAAAAUAGUUUCAAGUAAGAGUCCGGCUUUCCUGUUUUUAGUAAGUGUACAGUGUUGUCAGUGAAGAAGAGUCUAGUUCUGUUCCACUGGUGAAAACCUGUACCGCCAGUUUUGGGGAUUUUAAAUGCCAGAAAGAAAGAAAAGUGAUAUAAGAUGUGGCAAAUGAAAAGUGUCAAGUCCAUCUUUGACGAAUAAAAGCUCAAAUAACAGAAACAAUCAUUAAUAUUUAAACCUACACAGACGUCUGACUCUGGCAUUUUCUCUCUGUCUGCUGCAGGACAUCUGGAAGUAAAACAUGUUCUCUGAAUCCUCUCUGGCCCGUCCUACUGUGUGUGUGUGUGUGUGUGUGUGUCUGAUUAGCCAAUCACUGCCAGGUUUCAAAGGAAAGCUUUGAAAUAAAUGAAUGUUGAUGCUACUGAUAAAAAUGAAUGGAUGUAUUUUUGCUUGUUGUUUAUGUUUGCUCUAGGCCUAUCUUGCCAUGUAAAGGUUUUAUUAUAAUUAAUUACUCAUAUAUAUUUUUUAAA